GCAGACCCGACCUGCACAGCAGCAGCAGGAGGUGUUCACCUGCAGGAGAUGCGGUUCGCAGCACAAGCCCAGACAGUGUCCAGCUUUUGGUAAGCAAUGCUCCAACUGCCAAGGCAAGAACCAUUUCGCCAAACAGUGUUUCGCCAAAUGACAAGAGGGAAGGAAAGGAAAGACUGUAAACUUAAUUGAAGAGCCAGAGUUAGGUGACACUUUCUUUGUUGGAAUGGUAAAUUGUGAAAAUGAACAAGAAAAUAAUCCACUCAAGGAAAAUAAUGUCACUAAAGAGGAUAAAUGGUUAGCUCCACUAAUGAUAAGUGGGACUGAAGUCACUAUGAGAUUGGACACGGGUGCAAAAGCAAAUCUCAUCAACAUGGCUGACAUAAAAACAAUGCAAAAUAAACCAGAAAUAAAGAGGAAAAGUUCUGGACUGAAAGAUUACUAUGGGCAGCCAAUUAAAUGUUUGGGCACAUGCAGACUGAGUGUGUCAAUGAAAGGAAAAGUGCACCACCUGUUCUUCUUUGUUGUGAAUGAGGGACGUGAAUCACUUCUUGGUGACAAAGCUUGUGAAGAAUUGGGACUUGUGAAAAGGAUAUACAGAAUCAUCCCAACCACAAGCCCAGUAAAGGACUCUGUGGAAGCAAUAGUCCAGAAGUUCUCAGAUGUGUUUAAGGGUUUUGGUGUUUUGCCCUUCACCUAUAAAAUACAGUUGAAGGAAGAUGCUCAACCAGUAGUGCAUGCAGCACGCAGAGUUCCGGCUCCAUUGAAAGAAGGCCUAAAGAAAGAGUUGGACAGAAUGAUCAGAUUAGGAGUAAUCAAGAAGGUGAACGAACCAACAGACUGGGUCAACUCAAUGGUCAUCACAAAGAAAAAGAAUGGAGAGCUGAGAAUAUGUUUGGACCCUAAAGACCUAAAUGAGAGCAUAAAACGAGAACACUACCAAAUACCCACACGUGAGGAAAUCAUCAGUGAAAUGUCAGGUGCCAAAUAUUUUACAAAGCUCGAUGCCUCACAAGGUUUCUGGCAGCUGAAGCUGGAUGAAAGCAGCACAAAGUACUGCACUUUUAACACUCCCUUUGGACGCCACUGCUUUCUCAGACUGCCGUUUGGAAUAAAGUCAGCACCUGAAAUCUUUCACCGAGCGAUGGAACAGAUCAUCGAGAAUUUGGAAGGAGUUCGAGUCUACAUUGAUGACAUCAUCAUAUGGGGGUCCUCAGCUGAAGAACACAAUGAGAGACUUUGCAGAGUGAUGGAUCGUAUACAAAGCUGAGACUGAUCAUCGACCACUGGUUUCAAUCAUCAAAAA